GGGAUGUAUGAGAUACAGGUCCCCGCUUUGUACUUGUGAGUAAAGGAGUUUUGCAGGUUUUUUCUGCUGUUGCUGAAAUUCUUCUGCCCGUGGGUUGGUUUAAAAAAAAGGCGCAAAAAUAGAAAGAAGCAGCCGGAAAUCACUGUGUAACGGCAGAGAGAGAGAGACAGAGAAAGAGGGACAGAGAGACAAAGAGAGAGACAGAGAGAGACGGCUGCUACGGAGUCUCCCUGAAGACUGACAACCAGCAGACUCCCCCCAAAUCUGAGUGAUACAAAUACUAAAUAAAAGAUGGAGGCGACUAGAAAGCUGGAGACCCUACUGGGGAGAACACUGAUGAAUCUGCCGAGCAGCAGCUUAAAAUCCUUCAUAAACAAGCUCAUAGGGUACAAAGAGAUCACGAUGCACGAUUUAGGGGGUGCAGGCCCAGAAGAGGUGGUAAAGCAAAUCAUCCGUUACUACACAACAAAGCGGGGACCAAAGUUAGUUAUACAGAUACUGGAAGAAAUAAAUGAAAAUCAGGCUGCUCUAGAACUGAAAACGGAACUGAAGACAAUAAGUACAGUUACUGCUACGAAAAAGAAAACCCCAGUGACAGCAUCUGCUGCAACUAAAAAGAAAACCCCUGGGAGCCAGAAGAAACCACCUACUGCCAAGGAAAAGAAAACUACAGUGAAAACAUCUACUGCUACAAAAGAGAAAACCCCUGGAGAACAACAGGAAGCAUCUACUGCUACGAAAAAGAAAACCCCCGUGGAAGCAUCUACAAAAAAGAAAAUGCCAGUGAAAGCAUCUACUGCUACAAAAGAGAAAACCCCUGGAGAACAACAGGAAGCAUCUGCUGCGACGAAAAAGAAAACCCCCGCGGAAGCAUCUACAAAAAAGAAAAUGUCAGUGAAAGCAUCUACUGCUACAAAAGAGAAAACCCCUGGAGAACAACAGGAAGCAUAAAACCGUAAUCCGCCAAGAACUCAGGGGCCCAAAAGUAAAAAGCUCUGGGGAGCCACCCAGUGGGCCCAUGCAGAACAAUAAAUUGCAACUGUGAAGAUAUGAAAGAAGUGCAACACAUGAGUAGUAUGAGACUAUUAGUAUGGACCAAAAGGACUCAUUUAGGUGGAAUUUGAUACCAUUUUUUAAAAACAAAAACC